AUGGCAGCUCCUGGAUUUACUCCUGGUGCCUUCGUAUUUCUAUUGUGCAUUAAUUCUGUGGCUAAUUAUCCCAGUGGAAAAGUGACACAGUCGUGCCAUGGAAUGAUUCCUGAACAUGGUCACAGGCCACAGGCUGACCCUGUUCACCACAUCACAGUCAGUCAGGUGACGUUCAGACCAGGAGAUCAGGUCGAAGUUACUUUGUCAGGACCACCAUUUAAAGGCUUCCUCCUAGAAGCUCGCAAUGCUGAGGAUUUGAGUGGUGUUCCUGUUGGCUCUUUCACGUUGAUUGACAGUCAAGUGUCACAGCUUCUGACUUGUGAAGAUAUCCAGGGAUCAGCUGUGAGUCACACAAGUUCAUCCAAAAAAACAGAAAUUAAAGUCUACUGGAAUGCUCCAAGCAGUGCUCCGAAUCACAUACAAUUUUUAGUCACGGUUGUUGAGAAGUAUAAAAUCUACUGGGUGAAGAUUCCUAGUCAGAUAAUUUCACAACCAGAUGCGCUUCCUUUUACAACACUUAAAGCCACAGUAUCACCUUUGUCAACACCAACUCCAGUUUCCCGUUUAACCAAACUAUUCAGUGCCUCAGACUGUGGGAACAAGAAGUUCUGUAUUAGAAGUCCUUUGAGCUGUGACCCAGAGAAGGAGCAGGCCUGUGUCUUCUUGUCCUUCACAAAACAUGACCAUUCGGUGAUGGUUGAAAUGAGUGGUCCCGGAGAAGGCUAUUUAUCCUUUGCAUUUUCUCAUGACCGAUGGAUGGGUAAUGAUGAUGCUUAUUUGUGUAUCAAUGAAGGUCAGACUGUUCAUGUACAGCCUGCACAUUUUUCAGGGCGAAGUCACCCUGUAAUGGACUCUAGGGAUCCUCUUGAGGCUGUGGCUUGGAGGUUGGCGGAUGGUGUUAUGCAGUGUUCUUUCAGAAGAAACAUUACCCUUCCUGGGGUUAAGAAUAGAUUUGAUCUAAACACAAGCUACUACAUAUUUCUAGCAGAUGGUACAGCUAAUGAUGGUCAAAUUUAUAAGCACUCUCAGCAACCUUUGAUUACAUAUGAAAAACAUAAUGUGACAGAUUAUCCUAAGAACAUAGGGGGAUCCAGAUCUUCACUCCUUUUGAAGGUUCAUGGUGCCUUAAUGUUUGUGGCAUGGAUGACUACUGUUAGCAUAGGGGUUCUAAUUGCCCGGUUCUUCAGAUCUGUUUGGUCAAAAGCUUUCUUCCUUGGAGAAGCAGCUUGGUUUCAGGUGCAUAGAUUGCUCAUGCUUACCACAUCUGUGCUCACCUGCAUUGCUUUCAUCAUGCCUUUUAUAUACAGAGGAGGCUGGAGUUGGCAUGCAGGUUACCACCCAUAUCUUGGCUGUAUAGUGACGGCAUUAGCAGUUCUUCAGCCUCUUCUGGCAGCCUUCAGGCCACCUUUGCAUGACCCAAGAAGGCAAAUGUUUAACUGGACUCAUUGGAGUGUGGGAACAGCUGCUAGAAUAAUAGCAGUGGCAGCAAUGUUCCUGGGAAUGGACUUACCAGGAUUGAAUCUUCCCCAUCCAUGGAAAACCUAUGCAAUGAUUGGAUUUGUAACUUGGCAUAUCGGGACUGAGAUUGUUCUGGAGAUACAUGCUUACCGACUCUCUCGAAAAGUUGAAAUAUUGGAUGAUGAUAGAAUUCAGAUCCUUCAGUCACUUACUGUAGCUGAAGCAGAGGGCCAUGCUUUUAAAAAGAUGGUGUUGGCAAUUUAUGUCUGUGGGAAUGUGACUUUCCUCAUCAUAUUCUUAUCUGCAAUCAACCAUGUGUGAGCAAGGAAAGACCUCACUUUUUGUGGGCCGGGUAAUAAUUAUCAUCAAACCAAAGAAACAUGAAUCCCGUACUGACUGUGGGAGCAUACUCUUGGAUUCUUAUUUAGAAGAGUAGGAUCAUGUCUAGAAAGGGAUUCUGAAGUUCAAUUUCUACAGAGCAAGUUCAGGAAGGUCAAAUGGGGUAUAAACUGAUGUCAGACCCUGAUGUGUACUUCUGUGACUUAAAGGCAGCAUUAUACAUGGAGAAAUAACUCUCUUAUAUUCCAAGACUUUUAAGAAACUUAGAAUUUAAGAAAACACAAGAACAAUUUGGAAAAACAAAAUAUCAUGCCAUUAGGAUAAAAGGGACAUUUUAUUAAGGUAAAGAUAUUUUGGCCUACAAAGCUGCUGUGGUACCUUACAGAAAACAUUUUCACUAGAUGGUAAUCUAGAUGGUCUUUGAAUUUGUGUUUUGUUUGUUUUGGUACCUGGGAUUGAACCCAGGGGCAGUUAACCACUGAGCCACAU